CGCGCUCGCUGUAAGAUGGCCGGGCGGGGCGCCGCCGUCCCUGCGCAGCUAGCGGGGAGCGCCCGCCCCACGGGCUCCCCCAUGGCGGCGGCCCCCGUGGGGGGGGAGGCGGGGGGUAGGGAUAGGGCCCCGCGCCCCGUGCCCACUGUCCAGAGAGAAGGUGGUACAUUGGAUGAGGCGAUGAGAAAAGAUCUUUUCACAGACACCUUCUGUAAAGUGUGUGGGGCUGUGCUGCAGUUUGAGUCACAAAGAAUUUCACAUUAUGAGGGCAAAAAGCAUGCUCAGAAAGUUCGCCUUUAUUUUCAAAUGCACAGUGAACAAGAUGAUGGACAAGAACCUGGCAAACAGAAGAGACAAGAUUAUGUGAACUUUCAGGUGGAUGGGAGUGGAGUAGUGGACAAAAACAAAUAUUGCAAUCUUUGCAACAUGAUUUUUACUUCUCCAGUUGUUGCUCAGUCUCAUUACCUGGGAAAAAUACAUGCCAAAAAGCUGAAGCAAUUAUCAGGAGACCAACCUCAAGUGCCUGCACAGAGCACUCAACCACAAACAGGUUCCACUGCUGGUCCUUCUACAUCUCUCGCACUACAGCAGCCCUCAGCUGAGAAGCUCUCCCAGGAUUCUAAUGUUGAAGAGUCCACGUCAUCCUCUAGCAUUGCUUUGGAUUUAAAUGAUCCAGACAAGUAUUGCAAGCUCUGCUCAGCUCCCUUCAAUAAUCCAUUGAUGGCCCAUCAACAUUAUGUUGGCAAGAAGCACAAAAGGAACGAAGCACGGAAGAAGAUGAUGGCAGAGAUGGGAGAGGAAGCUGUUCCUGCGGAAUCCAGUGCAAAUGCAGUUGGAGUUGGUAACUACAUAUGUCCUAUAUGUAACAUCACUCUUACGUCUAUAGAAAUGUACCAGUCCCACAUGCAAGGAAAUAAACAUCAGAUUAAAGAAACCAUGGUUGUCAACCUCAUAAAGAAUUCAAAGAAAACAUAUGACUCCUUUCAAGAUGAAUUAGAAGAUUACAUUAAAGUGCAAAAAGCUAGAGGACUGGAACCAAAAACAUAUUUCAGAAAAGCAGAGGAGGAAGAGUUUGAAAACUACGAGUCAGAAGCAGUAAAUGAUUGUGAUGAUAUUGUAUCUUCCAAUGUUACAUUUGAACAAGGACAGCAUUCCAUCCUCGUCUCAGAAACAUAUAUGUCAUCACAUGCUGUUGAAAACAGAUCGCUGUGCUGGUCACCAGCUCAUGAGAAUAGGCUAAGACUAGAAAACAUGGCUAAAUGCCAUGACAGCAAGGAAUAUUAUUCAGAAAUGCAAACAUCUCAGGUGAUCCCUUUCAAAGAUGACAGCUAUGGCCUAUCAUCUGCAGAAUCCAGUGACUGCUACAAACGCAUCUCUUCUGAUAAUAGCACCCGUUCCUAUAGGAAAGGCCGAAAGCUUCGAAGGAAACAUGAAGAAGGGGAAAGGCACAUUGGGGAAGGAGAAGAGAAACACAACAAAGAAGCCACAAAGCAGAAGAAAAAGGAAAACAGUGAAGACACAGAUUCUGGAAAGGACAGUGAAAUGCAAAAGCGAAGAAAGAUUGAUAUAGAUUCAACUCACGAGAAAAAAUCAAAGCACAGUAAAGACAAAAGAAUUAAAGAAAUACCCACUGAGAAGGAGAGUAGAAAGCACAAAAAGGAUAAAAGGAAACCACAGCCUGAUGGAAAAACAGAAGAAGAGAUACUUUGGGAUGAAUCUAUCCUGGGAUUCUAAUAGAGGUUUUGAUUAACUUUAUGAAGUUGGUAUUUUUUGUAGUCUCUCUUAACCAUGGUGUACUAUGUUAUGACUCAAUAAUUUUUGUCCCACUCUGUGGAAGCGAGAAAAAGCCUGACUUCUGAAACUAUUGGGUAGUAGGUAUGAAUCAGCUUUUAAUAAUCUCAUACACACAACAGUCAUACAACAACAUGAAUUGAAGCCUAUAAUCUGUCCUGGAAUGUGCUUCAAAUAUGGGUCAGUAGCUAUAGCCUUCCUUUUGGAGUUUUAUUACAAUGAAUUGUCUCUUCCAAAUCAUAUUACUGGCAUUAAUAUGGAGAAUUUGAUUAUUCUUCCAUUAGUAUGCAGAAUCUUGUAAAAUAAAUGACAAGUACAUAGUGUUCCCAACCUCCCUGUUCCAGUUUCACUAAAGGCUUUUAAAGGGGAAUGUGAAAAAUAUUUAGGUUUUUUGGGUUCCAAUUAUUUACAACUGUUAUUUUUUUCACCCAGUUCUGAGUGAAAAGAGAGAGAGUCUAUUAAACAUGUAACUGAUUCUCAGACAUAUGUUGUCCAGUAUAUUUUUCUCAUAGCCGUGAUCCAAAUUUUUAGUUUAGGAAAUACUGAUAACGUACCAUAUGCAACAUCAAUUUCAGUUGGUAAUUCCAGGCUGAGUAGUGUUUGCCAGUCUGAUUCAAGAUAAUUUACUUAAAAUCUGCAACUACCAGUGGUGGAAUAGAGCUUGAUUUGAAAAACAAACAAACAAACAAUGCUUGAAAAAUUCAACAACAACUUUGCGGGGUUUUUUUUAAGAAAUAAAAUUGUUUUAGCUCUUCAUUCACAAUAUGAAACUAGAUCCUUUUGAUAGAGAACUAAUGUAAUAUUUGGUGUCCUGUGGUACAUGAAAUGAGCAGGCGUUCUCAGGCUGCCUUUGUGCUACUCUCAUGGGUAGUCUCAGGUCCUGGGUUCAAUGGGCCAUUGAGACUGGAACUACCUUUGCACCCCUACAGAUGGUCCUUCUAUGGCAGGGUUGAGUCUCACAUUAGCAAAGGAGUGGGGGAGGGGCAUGCACCGUGUCUGCCUAUGGCAACGGUUUUCAAUCUGUAGUCUGCAGACUCCCUAUGCCUAAGAUUUCCAAAGGGGUCCACACCUUCAUUUGACAUUUUUUUUAGGGGUCUGCACAACAACAAAAAAAGGUUGAAAACCACUGGCCUGUGAUGUCUGGGGGUUUUUGGCUAAAGGAGGAUAGGUGUUUCCUUUGCUGUCAUUCUUUCACUUUUAGGAGUGUAAAAUUGACUCUAAAAUGCUGUUCUGCUCACCCAAAGAGUGAUUGGUCUGUCAUGUAAGUACUUCACAUGCUACUUAUCAAAUGUUCUCAUCCAGCAUAUGUGAUAUGGAUCUCUAUUUUAUAUGGAGAUGUUAUAAUUUUCUAGCCAUUCAUAUUAUAUAAAUAAUUAAUGUGGUUCAUAUUUUUUCCAGAUAUUUGCCUCAAUCGGUAUUUAUAUGACAAUCCAUUUUUUAAACAAUUACCAAGCCUAUUUUAAAAAAAAACCAAAAACUUAUUGUGUAUUGCAAGUACAUAUUUACCAUAUAUACUGUUUUUAACUGUCCACUAUCAUGCUUUUUUUCUUCCCUAGUUGCAAAAGCAUCUCGAUACUGUUAAUAACUAAAGGAAAGUAUGCCAAUUUUAGGUUAUGAAUCUAAUUGAAACCACAAAAGCAUGGGAAUUCGGAGGUGAGGCACAGACGAAGGCCCCGAUUCUACAAUCAGAUCUGCACGGAUGAGCAAUGACAUCUGC